CCCCUUAAAGUACAUGCAAACAGGAAGCACUGGCUGGCUGGAGCCUUGUCAGUCCUCAGUCAAUGCUGUAUUCAUUCUUGCCGAGAAGGCUGAGAUGGAGGCUGUACAAAAGGAUUACUGGUACUCGCUGGCACUUUUGACUUUUCUCAUUUUUUCACUUUUCAAAGCAACCGUACAGGAGAGCGCUGAUGAAGCCGUGACACUGGAGGAUGGGAUGAUCCUGGACUGCCAGUGCCCAUGGGACGGGAACCUCAGCAUGGUCUCCUGGACCAAGGUACCGGAUAAGGUCCCCAUAGCCGUCCACCACCCGCGCUAUGGGACAAAGCUUGCGGAGGGGUACGACAACAGGUUGGAGUUCCUGAAAAGAACCUCUAUGGAUGGAAGCAUCUCAAUGACUAAUGUCACGGAACAGGACGUUGGUCUCUAUCGCUGUUCAAUGCAGACCUUCCCUCUCGGAUCGUGGACCAGGGAUGUCCAGGUGCAGAAAGCGAACUCUUCGCCUUAUUUUGUGGUGGCUCUGAAGGAGGGCGAAAAUGUGACUCUGGUGUGCCCCCAGGCCAGCUCCACUGUCAAGCAUGUCCUCAUUAAGAAGGCUGAGGAGGGGACCACCCUCGGCAGCUGUAGACUGAAGGGCGGCGUGCUCGUGUCUGAUGCGGAGCACCAUGACGAGGGUGUACGGGUUGACUGUGCCGCUCCCAUUGGUGUGAUCUUUGAGCUCUACAAUGUGGUUGAGGCCGACGAGGGCCGCUACUGGUGUUGGUCAGACACUGAGAAUGGGCUCGAAAUCGCCACGUUUCAACUGAUUCUCCACACCCAAGAUGCCCUUCACACACCCACGUCCGAUCCAGAGGAAGCAGCUGUGUCCUCUUCUUCCUCAACACUGCAGCCUGAACAGGUUUUAGAAGACCCAGACCCGGCUGACGGAAUACCCAUGACUGAGUUGCCCUCUUCAGAUGCUGCCAAUGGUGUGUCUUAUCCUUCAGCUCCAUCUGAGAGAAUCUUGACCACUGAUUCAGCUUCUUCAGCCACAACUAAAUCCGUGCCUGAUCCUCCAGAUCCAGCUGAGGGAAUAUCAAACACCAAACUGGCUUCAGUCGUAGCCACCACCACUUUGCCUCAUCCGCUAGCCUCUACUGAGGGAGUGUCUACCACUGAAAUGGCUCCUUCAGUCAAAGACACCAUUGUCUCUCCCUCAGCUCCAUCUGAAGGAAAAGCCACCACUGAAUCUGCUCUCUCAGUUGUAGCCACCACUGAAUCUGCUCCCUCAGUCGUAGCCACCACUGAAUCUGCUCCCUCAGUCGUAGCCACCACUGAAUCUGCUCCCUCAGUCGUAGCCACCACUGAAACCGCUCCCUCAUUCGUAGCCACCACUGAAUCAGCUCCCUCAGUCGUAGCCACCAUUGUGCCUCAUCCUCCAGACCCAGCUUUAACUGAGGGCACAUCUUCCUCUAAAUUGGCUCCUGCAGUUAUAGCCACCACUGUGCUUCAUCUCCCAGCUCCAUCUGAAGGAAUAGCCACCACUGAAUCCGCUCCCUCAGUCAUAGCCACCACUCUGCCUCACCCUCCAGGUCAAACUGAGGGAACAUCCACCACUGAAUCAGCUCCCUCAGUCAUAGCCACCACUGAUCCUCAUCCUCCAGACUCAGCUGAGGAAAUAUCUACAACUGAAUCAGCUCCCUCAGUCGUAGCCACCACUGUUCCUCAUCCUCCAGAGCCCUCUGAGGACAUGUCUACCACUGACCUGUCUCUCUCAGUCAAAGCGACCACUGUGCCCCAGUCCUCAGAUGAGGUGAACAACCAGCUUAUCCCUGACGAGUACUGGAUCUACAUCUACUCUGGAGCCGGUGCCACUGGGCUCUCUCUCCUCGUUCUGAUCACGGUGUUGGUGUGCUGCCACAGGAGGAGAAAGAGGCGAGAGGCAUACAGGGUCAAACUCCAUCCCGGGAAAAGAUGGCGCGACUCGGAGCAGGGAGGCUUCUACGACCGCAUGAGAAAGGGAACCAGGUUCGGGAGGCACGAGCCCAUUUAUGCCAACGUCCGCACGGGACAGAAACACAAACACAAGCCCAAGAGGAAGAGAUGAUUUCACAACCACCCGAAACCACCACAACCACCCGAAACUCACUCACGCAUGCACACAUACACACCACCCACAACAACAAGAAAACAAAAAAAAAACUGUUUGGCUUUUGACAAGUUUCGUUUACGGUCAAGCGAACCACGAGAUGUGAAGACUGUGUUUCAUAUGAAGGAAGAGUACGAGUCAGAGUGAAGCACAAGAAACACCCUGUGAUGUAACUAAACAUGUUGUGGAUAGUAACACAGGAUCCCAAGAAUAAACUCCACCAGUGAAAGAUAACCAACCAUUAUGGAAGUAAUGCUUCCAGAAAAGAUCCAUCACUACUUCAGCAUAACCUUCAUCUUGCCUUUCAAAUCUACCAGUCACGUCAUGCUAUGUAACCAUGCAUCUAAAUUCAAUACUUAGUGUUAGAGUUUCUAAUUCCAAUGUCAUUUGAUUUUAACAGAGAAGGUUCUUCUCAAAUUAUUUAAGUAGUCAAAUGAUGCAGGACGAACCAUUUCCCUACCUGGAACUUUCUACAGACAAGGUUCUUUGUGGCUCUCAAAAGUCAUUUUUAGCGGGCAGUGAAAGAGCAGUUCAUCUUGAAGGGUUGCAAGUAAAAUCUGAAAGGUUCCUCUCUGGAACUUCUCCACAGACCCCCCUUAAUGAUUCCAGAUUGCACUUUUAACUUUUGGUGCACAGCUCCCCAAAAUGGCAGCUGUCAAAUGGAUCUCGCUCUGAUCCAUCAGACCUGCGCCAGAUCUCCUCCAGAAUCAGCUGAUGGCUACCAUUCCUCAGAUCCCUCAUUGUCUCAGUCUGACGCCUCUGACAGUGAAUGCAAGUUCUGUGGCAGCCCAAGGCUCUAGUCGUGGAUGAAUUAGCUAUUCACUGCCAUUGUAGCGGAAUGAGGUAAGAAUGUUCUGCCUGCUUUCUUUAUCUGUGCAGAAAUGGAACCACAGACUGGAAAGAGAAGCUGUCUACUUUGCUAACAGAGGAAAGAAAGAUGGUAGACAAUGUACUCAUGGAACAGUUUUUGUUUCUUUUUUUUCUUUAUUUAUUAAAGCUACUUGCCUUAAAAGAACGAU